CGCCAGGAGCGUGUCAUGUUUGACAAGAUCACGUCACGCAUCCAGAAGCUCUGCUAUGGGCUCAAUGCUGACUUUGUCGAUCCUGCGCAGAUCACCAUGAAGGUGAUUCAGGGGUUGUACAGUGGUGUCACAACGGUGGAGCUGGAUACACUGGCUGCUGAAACAGCUGCAACCCUGACCACCAAACACCCCGACUAUGCUAUCCUGGCGGCAAGGAUUGCAGUGUCCAAUUUGCACAAAGAAACCAAGAAAGUAUUCAGUGAUGUGAUGGAUGAUCUCUACAACUACAUCAACCCUCACAAUGGGAAGCACUCACCGAUGAUUUCCAAAGAAACUCUAGACAUAGUUUUGGCCAACAAAGAUCGCCUGAAUUCUGCCAUUAUCUAUGACAGAGACUUCUCCUACAACUAUUUUGGUUUUAAGACUCUAGAACGGUCCUACUUGCUGAAAAUCAACUCAAAAGUUGCUGAACGUCCUCAGCAUAUGUUGAUGAGGGUGUCGGUGGGGAUCCACAAAAACGACAUUGAUGCUGCAAUCGAAACUUACAAUCUCCUGUCUGAGAGGUGGUUUACUCACGCCUCCCCCACGCUGUUCAAUGCAGGCACCAACCGGCCGCAGCUUUCCAGUUGUUUCCUGCUGUGCAUGAAGGAUGACAGCAUUGAGGGAAUCUAUGACACUCUCAAGCAGUGUGCGCUGAUCUCAAAGUCUGCUGGUGGGAUCGGCGUUGCCGUGAGCUGUAUCCGAGCCACGGGCAGCUAUAUCGCUGGGACAAAUGGAAGUUCCAAUGGGCUUGUUCCAAUGCUGAGGGUCUACAACAACACUGCCCGUUACGUGGAUCAAGGGGGAAACAAGAGGCCUGGGGCUUUUGCCAUCUACCUGGAGCCGUGGCACUUGGACAUCUUUGAGUUUCUCGACUUAAAGAAGAACACUGGGAAAGAAGAACAGCGAGCCAGAGACCUUUUCUUUGCCCUCUGGAUUCCUGAUCUCUUCAUGAAGCGAGUUGAAACCAACCAGGAUUGGUCAUUAAUGUGUCCAAAUGAGUGUCCUGGCCUAGAUGAGGUUUGGGGAGAGGAAUUUGAGAAACUAUAUGAGAGUUACGAGAAGCAAGGCCGUGUCCGUAGAGUGGUGAAGGCCCAGCAGCUCUGGUAUGCUAUCAUUGAAUCGCAGACAGAGACCGGCACACCCUACAUGGUCUACAAAGACUCUUGCAACCGAAAGAGCAAUCAGCAGAACUUGGGGACCAUCAAAUGCAGCAAUCUGUGUACGGAAAUAGUGGAGUAUACCAGCAAAGAUGAGGUUGCGGUUUGUAAUUUGGCCUCUAUAGCCCUGAACAUGUACGUCACUUCCGAGCACACCUAUGAUUUCAAGAAGCUAGCUGAAGUCACUAAAGUUAUUGUCCGAAACCUGAAUAAAAUCAUUGACAUCAACUACUACCCUGUGCCAGAGGCUGAACGCUCCAACAGGCGCCAUCGUCCCAUUGGCAUCGGUGUGCAGGGCCUGGCCGAUGCUUUCAUCUUGAUGAGGUAUCCCUUUGAAAGUCCCGAGGCCCAGCGCUUGAACCAGCAAAUUUUUGAGACCAUUUAUUACGGUGCUUUGGAAGCCAGCUGUGAACUAGCCGAGAAGCAAGGACCGUAUGAAACAUAUGAGGGUUCUCCUGUCAGCAAAGGAAUUCUUCAGUACGACAUGUGGAAUGUCACCCCGUCUGAUCUUUGGGACUGGAAGGCUUUAAAGGAGAGGAUUGCUAAAUACGGUGUCAGAAACAGCCUUCUCCUUUCUCCCAUGCCAACUGCUUCUACUGCUCAGAUCUUGGGCAACAACGAAUCCAUUGAGCCCUACACCAGCAACAUCUACACACGCAGAGUCCUCUCAGGAGAGUUUCAGGUUGUGAAUCCGCACUUGUUGAAAGAUCUCACAGAGAGGGGCCUGUGGAAUGAGGAGAUGAAAAACCAGAUCAUCGCCCACAACGGCUCUAUACAGAACAUACCUGAGAUUCCUGAUGACUUGAAGCAACUUUAUAAGACAGUGUGGGAGAUCUCCCAGAAAACCAUCCUCAAGAUGGCAGCAGACAGAGGAGCUUUCAUUGACCAGAGCCAGUCCCUCAACAUCCACAUUGCAGAACCCAACUAUGGCAAACUCACCAGCAUGCACUUCUAUGGGUGGAAGCAGGGUCUGAAGACGGGCAUGUACUAUCUCAGGACGAAACCAGCUGCCAACCCCAUCCAGUUCACCCUGAACAAAGAGAAGCUCAGGGAGCGGGAGAAGGCUUCCAAGGAAGAGGAGAAGGAGAGGAAUAAAGCAGCCAUGGUGUGCUCCCUGGAGAACCGGGAUGAGUGUCUGAUGUGUGGCUCCUAAUGGAUCCGCUCUGCGGGGCCAGCAAAGCCCUUCCACCUGCUGGAGUCUUUCGAAGGUGGAAGCAUCUCAUAUAACCUCAGGAGGUAGAGGCUUGCUGGACUUGUGGCAGAAGGAGGAGUGAUCACAGUAGUGUAUUGUAGCUUCCCCCUCCCACGGGGGGUUGGCGCACAGGCAUGGAUAGGGUGCAUACAGAGUUCAUAUAUUGCUUUAGUAGCUGGGCU